AUGCAGUCUCCUUCCCAGCUGAGGAACACUUUGUUCUGCACCAGGGCCCCUCCCAGCCCAGCUGCAGGUAGCGGUGGUAGCCAGCAGAGGUACACCCUGGGUGGAGUAUGGAGACCAGACACCAACAUGCAGAUUCCCACCUCACAACAGUACCACGAAAGCCUAUACAGGGGAAAGAUGGCUUCUGCGAGCAGGGUGGUGCAGGGAGUGAAGCCCCCUGCUCCAUCAAUACGGGUCUCUAACAGGAGAGACGGUCCUGGGCUGGAGAGACGGCUCAGCGAGGCUUUGGGAUCUACUGCAACACCCUCCUUGUCCUCUGUCAAUUCACAGCAUUCUAAAGGAAGCCCGUCCCCAGGUUUCCUGAUGCAUCAGGGGCCACCAGACACUGCAGAUCGAAUAAAAACAUUAUCUCGGAAACAUAGAAGGAAACCCAUGUCUCAAGAGAAAAUGGAAUUUACCCAGCGUGGAAGUCCAGAGUGA